AUGGCCAAGCCCGAGCACGCCGAGACCGAGACCGAGCUCCUCGGACGCUACGAGCGCCGGCUCGUCGAGAAGUACCGCUUCGCGCUCGUUGACAUCAUCGACGACCUCUGCUCGCUGCUCAACCUCUUCCGCGUCGCGAACGGCGAGCUCGACGUCCUCGAGCCGCUCGCGGCCAAGAAGCUCGCACAGCUCUGCCCGUUCCUGCGCAAUGCGCGCGACAAGAUUGCGCUCCUCACGCAGGCGACGCCACUCUUCCUCGGCUAUGACGACAUCAUGAGCUACAGCAAGCUGCUCGAAAUCGAGAUCAAGGCGCUGGACCCGCGGCCACAGCCGUGGAACGCCCUGCGCGUCUACGACAAGGAGUUCCAAGAGCACUUUGCGGUACGGAUCGACAAGCUCACGGCGCUGUACCUCAAGCUCGCGGCGCACAUCCCUACGCUGCGCCAGGACAUGGAGACCCAUGGCAGCGUCCUGCGCAUUCUCACGCGCAAGCGCAACGACCUCGUGACGUUGCUGCGUGAGAGCAUGGCGACGACGCACUUGCCGGCGAACGCCAAGAAGCACAAGUCGGAGCUCAAGCAGUGGUACCAGCGCAGCUUGGCCAAGUACAAGACGGCGCUUCAAGCGACGCCACUCAAACUCGAAAAGCAGAUUCAGUUUGAGAUUCGGUCCUUUACCGAGAGCUUGAAUGGACUUCUGGCGCCGCACGCGGAAAUUGCCAAGACGCUGCGCGUCGCGAAUGCAUCGGUGCUCAACGACGCCGGUCGCUUCAGCGACGCCGACCUCGGGGCCAUUCUCUCUAGCCGCGAGGCCAUCCUGCGCUUUGAGGAGGCGCCGGGCGAGUUUUGCGCCUUGGUCUCGACGUCGAUCGAGACGUUCUUAGCACAGCUGCAGCUGUUUGAAGCCGCUUGCCGCGAGGACUUGUUUGCGGUUCUCGCGACCCCGCUCAAGCUCGGGUUCACACCCGAAAAAGCGGUCGACAGCGAGAUGUUCGUGGCCAUUGGCCAGGAUUUGCAAGCGCGCAUGAAGGAGCUCACGUCGCUCCGGCACUCGAUCAAGUACCAGACCGUCGUUGCCCACUGCAAGGAGGCGCGGUACGAAGUUUCUGUGUGUUACCAGCAGUGGCAGCAAGCGAGCAAUGCGCCGUCCAAAGACGCCUCGAAGGACGACGCCAUGGCCCGUGUUCGGCGCCAGAUCCAGUCGCUCGUCGUCGCCGACGGCCUCGUGUGUGCCUGA